GUGGUUAUUAUGGUGGAUGGAUUUCUUUGAGAAAUGGCUGGAUUAUCAGGGAAGCGCUUUGUAUUGACACCGGUUUAACCUCUUGUCUAUUUUAGAAGCUGAAACCUAAGUCUACAAAAGCGAAAAUGGCGGUAUUUAAACUCUACCAUAAGGACAUGGGGAGAAAAGGAAGUGAAUUCAUUGUUUCUCACCCGUCAAUAAAAAGCAAAACAGUGUUUGGUAUUCUGCUCUCAUUGACUCUUUUGGCAUCGUUUUCUAUGGGCCUCCAUCUACUGGACAAGAAUAUCCUUGCUUCAACAACCCUUGUUCUGUUUUCAAGUUUGGUGGUUCGAAUGUAUUUGAAAAUUACUACUGAAAAAGUUCUUUUUCUACCAUCACUAGGAGUACAAGUGGAGACCACAUAUUUCCUCGGACACACAGUCACAUAUUUCAUUGACAUUUCCCAUAUUAAGGAUAUUGUCAUCAACGAAGCUAUCACCAUGCAUUCUGUCAUGUACUACCUGGUUGUUCUGCGGAAAGAAGAGCAGAGUGAUAAUAUUCAGCAGUUAUAUCCCCUGUUUUCACAUUCCUGGCCUCGACUGACAGACUUGAAACAAGUAUACAGAGCAGCUCAGGAGAAACUUAUCAUACCCAGAGAUCUAUGACCUGACUGUGUGCUUGGGUAUUGUGGGUCUGUGUAUCUUAAUGCUUUUGUUAAUCAUUUAUUGUGUAGCAGCUUAAAAACAAAAUGAGAUGAUUCGAGCAGCUAAGCAAAGAUUUCAGGCAGAACCUCUGUCAGGAUCAAAAUUGUAAUUCUAUAAUUUCUUUGUGUCCUGGAAAGCAUCUAUUUUUAUGAGUUUAUUAAUUUACAAAGUAAAGUAAAUUUUUGUUUUGUUUCUAAAUCUGAAUAUGAGUUAACUGUUUUUGCUAAACUGUUGAACAUGAUAUCUCACUGCAAAUUUUGACCCCGCAUUUUUGUAAAUUGAUUUUCAUUCUCUCAACUUUCAGUCACAAAACAUUAGGAGUCAAUACAAAUGUAAGAAAUACUUUUUAAGUGUAUUUAAAGAGUUUUUCAAAAGGCUGUCAAGUAAUUUAAACUUUCAUAAUGGAACAGUAAGAGAAGCAGCCCAUUUUGUGAUGCUGCUACAUGUUUUGUUUAUGAACCAAAUCAAAGUGCCACUUUUGUCAAUCAAAGAAAUAUACCAAAUAAAUGUUUUUAAACCUG